GCCAGCAGCCAGCUAUGUACUAGUAUGAGUAUUAUGAGACCGUCUCGCAAAAACGUGUGUGAGAGAGCGAGCACCCACCCAGCAAGCGAGAGGGAGGAGGAGGAGGAGGAGGAGGAGGAGGAGGAGGGCGGGCAUAGGAAGUAGACAGUGUCACAGAGAUUCUGAAGGAAAAGACGACCGAGGAAGGAAGAAGCUUACAAAGAAAUAAAGAGGCUCCGACGACGAGGAGGAGGAGGAGGAAAGAGGUCGUCCUCUUCGGCAUUUUCGAGAGAGUCUGGUCUGGAGAAGCAAGCGACCUGAGAGUCUCUCCCAGAGAGAUCCGCUGAGCGUGAGAGGGGAGAGAGAGAUGACGAUGGCGGUCGCAAGAGCGGUGGUAGCCGGAUCCCGACCGGGGACGGCAACGCAUCUCUCGGCAUUGGAGAGGACGGCGGCGGAGAAAGACGCGCAGUCUGCACUCUCCAUCCCAAUCCCGACCGCAUCGCACAAGGCUUCUUCUUCUCUAGGGAGCUGGUCGACGAGGAUAGGCCGGAGUGGAUGUGUUGCGAUGCGGUCGGGAUUGGGAUGGCGGGCUGCGGAAUUCAACGGCGCAGAAUCGUUGGCGCCAAGAACGUCCGUACAAAUAGCACUGGGAGAGGGUACUAAGCUUAGCGAGAAGGAGGAGGGGAGGAGGAGGAGAAGAAUAAGGGGAGGACCAAUAAUCACAGCCCGCGCGGAAUCGCUAUGGCCACCCACCCGCGCAACCUCCAUGGCCGUCAGCAGCUUGUCUGAACAAGAAACAGCCGUUCAUGUCGUCGACGCGCCCUUAUCACCAUCGCCAUCAGAGCUGUCGUUGCCAAAAAGAGAGGGGUUGAUCACCAUCGGAUUGCCGAAGGGUAGUCUUCAGCAGGCAACAGCAGAUCUAUUCUUAAGGGCAGGAUACAAUAUCAAGAUCCAUGAGAGAAGCUAUCUGCCGGAUGUGGACGACAAGGAGAUCAAUGUGGUCCUAUUCAGGGGCCAAGAGAUAAGUCGGUAUGUGGAAGAUGGGGUACUUGAUGCGGGCAUCUGUGGGCAUGACUGGGUUGUGGAGAAUGGUUCAGAUGUGACGGAGGUCUGCGAGCUCAACUACUCCAAGGCAACAGCAAGCUAUCGGCCGCGGCGGUUCCCCGUUAACGCGCUGCGGCAUUCGGGCUUCGGCCUACCGGACCGCAUUGGCUAGAGGCCACAUCCAAAAUGAAAACAAAAAAGGUCG